GCAUCAUGACGUCAUCACCGGUGACCAUAAAAUGCUGUAUAGAAGCGCACUUUCUGGACCAAAUCUAACGGACGACGUGGUUUCACAACUUCGCUAGACCCAGAUUGUGAACAGAGAUGUCUUUUAUAUUUGACUGGAUCUACAAGAGCUUCAGCAGUGUCCUGCAGUUAUUAGGGUUGUACAAGAAAAGCGGGAAGCUGGUUUUCCUCGGACUGGACAAUGCUGGAAAAACAACCCUUCUGCAGAUGCUCAGGGACGACAGGCUGGGACAGCACAUGCCAACACUAUACCCAACGUCUGAGGAGCUGACCAUAGCCGGAAUGACGUUCACCACAUUCGACCUCGGUGGUCACACGCAAGCUCGAAGGAUCUGGAAGAAUUACUUCCCAGCAAUAAACGGGAUUGUCUUCAUGGUGGAUUGUGCUGAUCAUGAACGUCUAGCAGAGGCCAAAGUAGAGCUGGAUGCGCUGCUAACAGAUGAAACCAUUGCUAACAUCCCGGUUCUCAUCCUGGGGAAUAAGAUCGACCGUCCAGAAGCCAUCAGCGAGGAUGCACUCAGAGGAGUGUUUGGUCUGCAUGGACAAACAACUGGAAAGGGUAAAGUAUCACUGAAGGAGAUGAAUUUGAGGCCGAUGGAGGUGUUCAUGUGUAGCGUCCUGAAGAGACAAGGUUACGGAGACGGUUUUCGCUGGCUCUCUCAGUAUAUUGAUUGAUUACACUUCCUUUGAAAAACAAUAAUUGGACUUCUGCUGAUGCCUGUACACACAAAAGCAUAUUUUGCAGAAAACUACUUGCAGUAUACAUGUCUUAUUAAAUAUGCCAUCUCUGGUAGUUUGACUUCAAGUGAGAGAAACAUGUAAACAUUUGUUUUGCUAUUAUAUUGUACAAAUAGAAAUCUAUGUGUCAUACAGCACAUUGCAAUUGCUGAUCUUCUCUCUUCAAAUUGAAUGUGAAGGCAAACAUUCAUGCUGCGCUGCUACAUUUUUUUAAAAGCGUGUAGGAAAACGUGUACCAGAAACAUGUCGAUGCUGUGACCCAGUGUCAGAGCUGGGCUUAUAUUUGGCUGCUGGUGUUGACUUACUGUAAAGGGCAGUUUAAGUUGAUACAUGGUUCAAGAACCUCCCACUUGGGUUAAAUUGUACAGUUAAUUUGUUGUAACUAUGAAAAUCGAUCAGCUAUUUCAUGUUAGCUGAUCGAUCUACUGACUGUUUUACAAAGAAUUUAUGAUGGCAGAAUACUAAAUUAAUGCCAUCUUGAGUUCAUUAACUGACUUUUUAGUCAUAAAAAUAAAGCUUUAAAUAGAUAAGCUUUAUUCAGUAUACAACCGCAGUACAAAUGCUUCAGCAUCGCUAAGUAAUGUAAGAAACUCAUAGCAGGAAAGAUGCCAGACUACAAUACAUGUCAUGAUGAGUUACACCUGCAAAAAAAAACUUGAGUACUUUGUGACUAGUUGCUGCUAACAACAUGCAGUAAUUUUAUGAGAGUACUUGCACUUGAAUGCUUAAAAUUAUGCACAUUUAUUUCAGAGAGUAACACUGCAAAAGGUGCAUAUAUUUUUUUUGUCUAAAGUAUCUUAUUUAUAUUUGGAAUGGAUUGUUUGACAUCGUAGUAUAAGUGUUGCACUGAGACAUGAAGUGACGUCUGUUACACAAAUGUGAUUCUAGUGUGGAAUGUAGCACAAUAAAUACUUUUGACAAUUAUUUUCAGUUAUUGAA